UGGCAAGCGCACAUAGAGAGAGAGAGAGAGAGAGAGAGAGAGAGAGAGAGAGAGAGAGAGAGAGAGAGAUGGCAAAUUGUUUUGGUGACGUAGUGGACAAUUUCAAGUUGGAUACAAUGGUGCGGUAUGCUGGUGAGAAGAAGAGCCAGAAAGACCGGGCACUACAGGCAUCACUUCUUGUUAGCGAGGACAGUAAGGACGACAAGGCUGUCAAGUACGUGAGGGAUCUCAAAACUUGGUGGGGCAAUGGAGUGUCGACCUUGUGCCUGAUCUACAACCAAACCGGCGACACCCUGCGGUGGGUAGAUGACGCCGACUGGUUCGGCUACAUCGGGACGACGCCGUACCCUCCCGAGAUCGGCAAUGGCCAGUGGGCGUCCUUCCUCCACGUGAAGAAGACGGCCGCGUCAUCUGGGUCCAUGGCAGGAUUGGUCUACCGCGGCAAGGAUGGCAAUGGCCGCGACCGCGACUUCAUGCUUGGCUGGAGCGCCCCCUGGGGAGCCUUCUACCGCAACAAGGCCUACUGUGAGGUGGGGAGCGUCGGCUCCUUCCAGUCGCGCUUGAACAAUGGCGAUCUCUAUAGCCGAGUCAGCAACGCGGCGUAUGAAUGGGAUGCCAACGACCGCAAUGCUCGCUGCUCCGUGCGUGCCACCAUUGAACGAGGCACUUCCCCCUUGUUCACCGCAUACGUCAAGACCGAUUACAGUUAACCGAAUCUAUCCUGUCUAGAAUGUAACCUCUUAUAUUCAUGCGUCCAUCUGAAUCAUGCCUGCUUCCUUGAUUAAAUAAUGAAUGAACGAAUGAAUAAAUUCAACAUUGUGUACC